UAGUUGCGUUCUUCUUCUUCUUCUUCCUUCUCUUUCUACCUAAAUCUCUCAUCUCCCUUUUCCUAUUUCCUUGCAUUUAUUUAUUCAUUACAAUUCAUUAUAUAUAUCCGUAUAAUGUUUCUUUUCUAUUCAUUAUCUGGAUUGGGAAAGGCUGUUUCGACGUCAAAUCCGAGCUUAUUAAUCUGUUGAUUGAGUUUUCCCAGGAACACAAAUGGUGCAAUUGUUUUACAGAUUUACAAAAUUCAGAAAUUUCGAAUUCGAUUGACUCAUAAUUAUUUUUUUGCCGUUCAAUCAGGAUUCGAAUUUGUCCUUUUCGUCCGUCCACGAAUUCUUUUUCCCUAAUCUUAUCCGGCAGAUUAUGAAUUGUUUCCUCUCCGGAUUAAUAUAACCUUCGGAUUUUUUUUCCUUUUCCAUUUUAUUUGCAAAAGAAAUUUUUGAAUUGGUUAGAAGUGUAUUUCGCAAUGGUGGUUGGUGGUGGAAUGAACUGCGGGAUUUAUAGGUCGUCGUCCGAUGAGUUGUGGCCAAAACAGGCUAGUGGAGGGGGCGGAGUCAGUCAUGAGAGCGAGCAUGAUUUGGCACUGAUGGUUAAUGAUUUUCUCGAGAAUGGGAACAGUUGCGGGGCCGAUUCCCGAUACAGCAGCGACAGCGACUCCAGUCUCUCUGAUCUCCUGCAGCUCGCUGACAAAAUCUCCUAUUUCAAGAUGGCAAUGGAUCAGUACGAAAACGACUUGCUCUCCGUGGUGAAUUCCCUCGCGGUUUCAAUCAACGAACGAGACCUCCACGCUUCGAACUCAGGUCCGUGCAAAGCCAGCUGCAUCCGGUUUUCCCUUGUAAAACUGCUGAGGCUGUCAGGUUACGAUGCAGGCCUCUGCACGUCUCGGUGGCAGGGGAGCGAUAAGGUCCCCGGAGGCGAUCACGAGUACAUUGACGUCAUCCGUUACAACGACACAGGAGCCACAGAGCACGUGAUCAUCGACAUAAACUUCAGGAGCCAGUUCGAGAUUGCCAGGGCUGUGGACUCGUACGACAGGAUACUCAACUCUCUUCCCGUUAUCUACGUUGGCUCGUUCGCAAGGCUCAAGCAGUUUCUUCAGGUAAUGGUGGAAGCUGCUCGAUUUUCGUUGAAGCAGAACUCGAUGCCUCUGCCUCCGUGGAGAUCGCUUGCUUACUUGCAAGCGAAGUGGCAGUCUCCGCAUCAGAGGAGAUCUGAUUCUGCUGAAAUCCACACGACCAUAUCUGAUCGUGUCGAUGAUCACAAGAAGUGUGCGGGGCAUCUCAUGAGGCUGCAUUCGUUGCUUCUCUCAGAGAUUGAAGUCGAACGAACUCUCAAGCCGUAUAACCGGGAUAGGAGGGAGAAGACGGAGAGGCGGAGGUAUGCAUCUUUCCAUUAGGAGACGUGCGAAUAAGCUUCAAUGGCCAAUGAAUUACACAAAUAAAUUGCAUUUUUCACUAAAUUUUUUCACAAAUAGUGAAUGCUGAGAUUUUUUUUUUGUCAUUGCGGGAAUUUUGAUAUUUGUUUUGUGAUUUUGUGAUGUAUUUUAGCAGUGCAUAACUCAAAUCUUUUUUAUUCUAUGAAUGAGAUAUGCUCUGCUUAUUAUAGUUGGAUUUUCUUUUCUCAGAAUCCUA